AUGACAAUGAAAAACUAUACAGCUAUCAGUGAGUUUAUUCUUUUUGGACUGUCUACCGACCCCUACACUGAAGCCAUACUUUUUGUGUUUUUCCUUCUGAUUUACUUCCUUACUCUGAUUGGGAACUCAUUAAUGCUUCUGGUGAUUACAACUGAUUCUCACCUGCACACACCCAUGUACUUCUUCUUAAAACACCUGUCCUUCCUUGACCUGUGCCACUCAUCUAUUACAGCACCCAAGAUGCUGGAGAAUCUACUUUCUGAAAGCAAAACCAUUUUUGUAGAGAGCUGUCUUGCUCAGGCCUUCUUUGUAUUUGCCACUGGUGGCACAGAGGCCUGUCUGCUGGCUGUGAUGGCCUAUGACCGCUAUGUAGCCAUCAGCUUUCCUCUGCUCUACAGCCAGCUGAUGAAUAAACAGCUCUGUGUUGGGCUGGUAUGGGUCUCUUGGGGCCUGGCCUUUGCUGACGCUCUGACCAAUAUCCUCCUGGCUGUGAAUUUAGAUUUUUGUGAGGGCAAAACUAUUCCUCACUUCAGUUGUGAGUUGUCUUCUCUCUUUCCUCUGUCUUGCUCUGAUACCUCUACCAACUUUACAGUCCUGUUCUGUUCUUCUGUCUUUCAUUUUUUUGCAACCCUUGUUAUGAUUGUUUCUUCUUAUGCUCGUAUUGUCUCUGCCAUCAUGAGAAUCAGCUCCACCAUGGGCAGAAGCAAGGCCUUCUCCACCUGCUCCUCCCACCUCACUACGGUGAUGUUGUUCUAUGUCUCGGGUUUCAUCAGCUAUCUCUUACCAGGUUCAGGUUCCACAAUGGAAAUGAUCUUCUCUUUGCAGUACAGUAUGAUCACUCCCAUGCUGAAUCCCCUCAUUUACAGCCUGAAAAACAAGGAGGUGAAGGCAGCUGUGGGAAGAAUGCUCAGAAAAUAUUUUUACCCUUUCAUGUAA